ACCACCUCCUUCAAUGGAACCGUCCUUCUCCCACCGCUGAAUUCCCAACUUCCCUAUCUUUUUACUUUGCAUGCCAUUUCCUCUCUUCUGCAAUUUCAUCGCCCUUCACCACUUCCCAAAACCCUAAAACCCUCCCAUUCCUAUCACCUUCAUCUCGCAAUGAAGGACCGUACUCCUUCCUCCAAUGGCGCCGUUUACGUCCCUCCUCACCUCCGUCUCCGUUCCGUCGUUACUCGUUCUGAUCGUUCCUCUGCUGUUUCCGCUGUUGACUGCAAGCUUAGGGAGGCUCCAGCCUCGCUGCUCGAUUCCGGAACCAUUCCUCCGCCUUGCCUUGAUUCUCGAUCUCAGGAACUCCUCUCGAUGGGGAAAUCGCGUUUUAAUUCCGUGCACUAUGAUUUUGCCUGCGACGAUGGGGCUCCAGUGGAUAGCUGGGGUUUUUCACCUCCUGCUAACAUUGAUUUGUGGAAAAGGAAGUUAGCACUACUUUUACGUGACAAGGAGAAGCAAGAGUUAGUUUCAAGGGAGAAAAAAGAUAGACAUGAUUUUGAGCAAAUAGCUGCUUUGGCAAGUAGAAUGGGACUUUUUAGCCAUCUAUAUGCCAAAGUUGCUGUUAUUAGUAAGGUCCCGUUGCCGAACUACAGAUUUGAUUUGGAUGAUCGGCGUCCACAGAGGGAGGUUUCUUUGCCUCCUGGGUUGCUUAGAAGAGUUGAUGAACAUCUGGGAGAAUUUCUCUCUCAAAAGUCUCGGUUUAAAUGUUUUCAAGAUAACUCCGUCUCUAGAUCAAGCAGCAGUGGUAGCAUUGCUACAGAUGAAGGGCUUUUUGAGCAACCUGAGCUACAAGCAUCUAGUAAGGCUGUGAUGGAAAAAAUUCUUUGGCGGAGAAGUUUGCAUCUGCGUGAUCAACAGCAUGCUUGGCAGUCAUCUCUAGAAGGAAGAGAAAUGCUGGAAUUCCGGAAAAAUCUCCCUGCUUACAAGGAGAAGGAUGCAUUAUUGACCACAAUCUCACAGAAUCAGGUUAUUAUUAUUUCAGGUGAAACUGGUUGUGGCAAGACUACGCAAGUUCCCCAAUUCAUUUUGGAAUCAGAAAUAGAAUCACUCCGUGGUGCUGUUUGCAGCAUCAUAUGUACACAGCCAAGACGAAUAUCUGCUAUGUCUGUCUCUGAGAGAGUUGCUUCUGAAAGAGGCGAGAAGUUGGGUGAAUCUGUUGGUUAUAAAGUGCGGCUGGAGGGUAUGAAAGGGAGGGAUACUCAUCUUCUCUUUUGCACCACCGGCAUCUUGUUGAGAAGACUGCUGGUUGAUAGAAAUUUGAAAGGCGUAACUCAUGUUAUUGUUGAUGAAAUUCAUGAGCGUGGAAUGAAUGAAGAUUUUCUGCUUAUUGUCCUGAAAGAUCUCCUUCCUCGUCGACCAGAAUUGAGGUUGAUUCUAAUGAGCGCAACUUUAGAUGCAGAACUUUUCUCAUCCUACUUUGGUGGGGCUCAAAUAAUUUACAUUCCGGGAUUCACACACCCUGUCAAAACUCAUUUUCUGGAGGAUAUUCUAGAAAUGACGGGUUACAGAUUAACUCCAUACAAUCAAAUAGAUGAUUAUGGUCCAGAGAAGACUUGGAAAAUGAGCAAACAAGCACCAAGAAAGAGGAAAACCCAGAUUGCCUCUACUGUUCAGGAUGCACUUAUGGCAGCUGAUUUUAACGAGUACAGUCUUCAAACUCGGGAGUCUUUAUCGUGUUGGAAUCCAGACUGUCUUGGAUUUAAUCUCAUAGAAUUUCUUCUAGUCAGUAUAUGUGAGAGUGAAAUGCCUGGAGCUAUUCUUGUUUUUAUGACUGGGUGGGAUGACAUCAGUUCUCUGAAGGAGAAACUUCAGUCUCACCCUUUAUUAGGAGAUCCAACUCGGGUCAUGUUGUUGGCAUGCCAUGGCUCUAUGGCCAGUUCAGAGCAGAGGUUAAUAUUUACUGAACCUGACAAAGGAGUGAGGAAGGUAGUGCUUGCAACAAAUAUUGCUGAGACAAGUAUCACGAUAAAUGAUGUUGUGUUUGUUCUGGAUUGUGGAAAGGCAAAAGAAACAUCAUAUGAUGCUUUAAACAACACUCCUUGUUUGCUUCCCUCUUGGAUAUCCAAGGUUUCUGCUCAACAAAGAAGAGGAAGGGCUGGUCGUGUUCAACCUGGAGAAUGUUAUCAUCUAUACCCUAGGUCUGUGUUUGAUUCUUUUUUCGAAUAUCAGCUACCCGAAAUUUUGAGAACACCUUUACAGUCCCUCUGCUUGCAAAUAAAAAGCCUAAAGCUUGGAAGUAUAUCAGAGUUUCUAUCUAGGGCUUUGCAGUCGCCAGAGCUACUAGCGGUUCAGAAUGCUAUUGAAUAUUUAAAGAUCAUUGGAGCAUUUGAUGAGAGUGAAAAUCUUACUGUCUUAGGUCGUUAUUUGACUAUGCUCCCAAUGGAACCAAAAUUGGGAAAGAUGUUGAUAAUAGGUUCUAUCUUCAAUUGUUUGGAUCCAAUUUUGUCCAUUGUUGCUGGCUUCAGUGUGAGAGACCCUUUUCUAACACCACUUGAGAAGAAGGAUGCUGCAGAGGCUGCGAAGUCCCAAUUUUCACGAGAUCAUAGUGAUCACCUUGCUAUUAUCCGGGCUUAUGAGGGAUGGAAAGAAGCUGAGAGGAACUUUGGUGGUUACGACUUCUGUUGGAAGAACUUCCUUUCUGUACAAUCGAUGAAGGCUAUUGAUUCAUUAAGGAAGGAGUUUUUCUCUUUGCUUAGAGAUACUGGUUUAGUUGAUGAGCACUCGAACACGUACAAUGCUUGGAGUCUAGAUGAACGACUCAUACGUGCAGUUAUUUGCUGUGGCCUCUAUCCUGGAGUUUGCUCCAUUGUGCAUAAUGAGAAGUCAUUUUCUCUCAAAACCAUGGAGGAUGGCCAGGUACUUCUCUAUUCGAACUCAGUCAAUGCUCGAGAGUCGAGGAUUCCAUAUCCAUGGAUAGUUUUCAAUGAGAAGAUAAAAGUGAACUCCAUUUUCCUUCGAGAUUCAACAGCUAUCUCUGACUCAAUGCUGCUUCUCUUUGGUGGAAGCAUCUCAAAAGGUGAUCAAGAGGGACACUUGAAAAUGUUGGGCGGUUUUUUGGAAUUUUUUAUGAAACCUGAUGUUGCAGAGACGUAUCAGAAAUUAAGAACGGAACUUGAAGAGCUUAUACAGAUGAAGCUACUAAAUCCUACGAUGGACUUGCACUCCCACCAUGAGCUCCUAUCUGCUCUACGCUUGCUUAUUUCAGAAGACCAGUGUGAAGGUCGAUUUAUUUUUGGCCGGCAGAUCCUUCAGCAACCCUCCAAGAAAUCAACUCUCGCAGCAGCACCAAAUUCUGUUUCAAGAAUUGAAAGUGGACCUGGUGGUGACAACUCUAAGAGUCAGCUGCAGACUUUACUCACGAGGGCUGGAUAUGCUGCACCCAUCUAUAAGACAAAGCAAUUGAAGAAUAAUCAUUUCCAAGCAACCGUUGAAUUUAAUGGACUGCAAAUUAUGGGACAACCUUGUACCAACAAAAAGAAUGCAGAAAAGGAUGCAGCAGCUAGGGCUCUCGAGUGGCUAAUGGGUGGAAAUCAGAUUGGGCAAGACUGUAUCAACCAAAUGUCUAUGAUGCUAAAAAGAAGCAAGAAGGAUCAUAACUAACCCAAUACUUCCACCUUUUAACGGAAUUGC